UCCCGGCGGUGCCAUGGGGCGCGGGGCGGGCGGGGGGCGGCGUGGGGCCGUGGCUCUGCUGUGGGUGGCGGCCGUGCUGUGCCAGCUGGGCAGCGGCAGCGUCCUCCGCCGCCGGCUGCACUCGGCCGGGCUCCCGCAGCGGCGGCUGAGCGGCGGCGAGCGGCGGGACGUGCAGCGGGAGAUCCUGGCCGUGCUGGGGCUGCCCGGCCGGCCCCGGCCCCGCGCCCCCGCCCGCGCCCCCGCCGCCGCCGCGCCGCUCUUCAUGCUGGACCUGUACCACGCCGUGGCCGGCGAGGAGGAGGAGGAGGAGGAGGGUGAGGAAGCGGCGGUGUCGCGCCCGGUGCUCACCGGGCUCAGCACGCAGAGCCCCCCGCCCGGCAGCGUGGUGAGCCGAGCGGACACCGUGGUCAGCCUCGUCAACAUGGUGGAGCAGGACAGGGACCUGUUCUGGCCCAAGCCCUACUGGAAGGAGUUCAGGUUCGACCUGACCCAGGUGCCGGCGGGAGAGGCCGUGACGGCCGCGGAGUUUCGCAUCUACAAAUCCCGGGGAGCCCCCAGGGGCGCCAACAGCAGCCUCCAGCUCAGCAUCUACGAGGUGGCUGCACAGCAUCCCAACAGGGAAUCCGAGCUGUUCCUGCUGGAUGUGCAGGACCUGCCUGCUGGGACAGAGGGCUGGCUGGUGUUCGAUGUCACAGCCGCCAGCAGCCACUGGUCAGCGGAGCACAAACACAACCUGGGGCUGCGGCUCUAUGUGGAGAGCGAGGAUGGGCACAGCGUGGAUCCGGGCUCGGCCGGGCUCCUGGGGCGCCGGGGUCCCCGUUCCAAGCAGCCUUUCAUGGUGACAUUUUUCCGGGCCAGCCCCGGCCCCUCCCGUGUCACACGAGCGGCCAAAGCCCCGAGGAGGCGACAGCAGCCCAAGAAAUCCAAUGAUCUCCCCCACCCCAACAAGCUCCCCGGGAUUUUUGACGACGUCCACGCCGCGGAUGGGCGCCAGGUCUGCCGGCGCCACGAGCUCUACGUCAGCUUCCAGGACCUCGGCUGGCUGGAUUGGGUGAUUGCCCCCCAGGGAUACUCAGCCUAUUACUGCGAGGGGGAGUGUGCGUUCCCUCUGGACUCGUGCAUGAACGCCACCAACCACGCCAUCCUGCAGUCCCUGGUCCACCUGAUGAAGCCCGAGGCCGUGCCCAAGGCGUGCUGUGCCCCCACCAAGCUCAGCGCCACCUCUGUCCUCUACUACGACAGCAACAACAACGUCAUCCUCAAGAAGCACCGGAACAUGGUGGUGAAAUCCUGCGGCUGCCACUGAUGGACAGGUCCCAGUCCCACCCCUGAGAGUCCCAUUGCCACCCCUGGAUGUCCCAUUCUCAUCCCUGGAUGUCCCAUUGCCACCCCUGAGUGUCCCAUUCUCAUCCCUGGAUGUCCCAUUGCCACCCCUGGAUGUCCCAUCCUCACCUGAGUGUCCCAUCUCCAUCCCUGGCUGUCCUAUAUCCGUCCCUGGAUGUCCCAUUGCCACCUCCGAGUGUCCCAUGAGUGUCCCAUUGCCACCCCCGAGUGUCCCAUUGCCACCCCACAGUGUCCCAUUCCCUACUCUGGAUGUCCCAUCCCCACUCUGGCUGUCCCAUUUCCACCCCUGGAUGUCCCAUCCCCACCCUGAGUGUCCCAUUCCCUACUUUGGCUCUCCCAUCCCCACUCCUAGAUGUCCCAUUCCCAUCCCUGGAUGUCCCAUUCCCACUCCUGGAUGUCCCAUUGCCACCCCUGAGUGU